GUAUCAACACAAACAACAAGUUCAUUGAAUCAGUCUUGUGUUCUGUUGUCCACUUCGUUAUGAUUUUUAGAUGAAAGUCGUAGUCUUUAGACUUCUCUUCAAUCUUCCAUUUCCAAAUCCACCUUCUUAUUUGGUAUCAUAUCAUACCCAAUUGGAUUAUACCUUUCAAUAUAACGCUACUCUGCAAAUAAAUGUUCCAUGGUUUUGGUCAUUUCUUUGUAAGUUGGUUUCAUGAAAAUGAAAUCCAAAAGCCUGAUGUCAAACCACCCAAUUCUCCAAAAGCUGCAAAAAUGUCACAACCUCAACACCCUUAAGCAAGCCCAUGCUCAAAUGGUAGCAACUGGUCUUUCACUCGAGACAUACUAUCUGAGCCACCUCCUUAACACAUCCUCCAAAUUUUCCUCAACCUAUGCAAUUACCAUCUUUAACCGUAUCCCAAGCCCAACAGUUUUUCUAUACAAUACACUCAUUUCUUCAUUCACUCGUCACAAGGACCAAAUUCAUCUAGCCUUCUCACUUUAUAACCAGAUUCUCACCCACAACACCCUUCAACCCAAUAGCUUCACUUUUCCUUCCCUCUUCAAAGCUUGUGGCUUUGGUCCAUGGCUCCAACAUGGUCCUUCCCUCCAUGCCCAUGUUUUCAAAUUCCUUCAACCCCCUUAUGACCACUUUGUCAACAAUUCACUGCUCAAUUUCUAUGCCAAAUAUGGAAAGCUGUGUGUGUCUAGAUAUUUGUUCAAUCAAAUCAAUGAACCUGACCUCGCCACAUGGAAUACCAUGUUGGCUGCCUACGCACAAAGUGCCACUCAUGUUAGUUACUCAACAAGUUUUCAAGACGCUGAUAUGUCCUUAGAGGCAUUGUAUUUGUUCAGAGACAUGCAGUUGUCUCAGAGAAAGCCUAAUGAAGUUACACUUGUGGCAUUGAUCACUGCAUGUUCUAAUUUGGGUGCACUGAGUCAGGGUGCUUGGGCACAUGCUUAUGUGUUAAGGAACAAUCUUGAACUGAAUCGAUUCGUGGGAACUGCACUGGUGGAUAUGUAUUCUAAAUGUGGCUGUCUGAAUCUAGCAUGCCAAUUGUUUGAUCAGCUGUCUGAAAGGGACGCGUUUUGCUUCACUGCCAUGAUUGGGGGGUUUGCAGUUCAUGGCCAUGUGGGUCAGGCACUUGAACUGUAUAGAAAGAUGAAACUUGAGGGCCUAGCUCCUGGUGAUGCAACUAUUGUAGUUACUAUGUUUGCCUGCUCUCAUGGUGGAUUGGUAGAGGAGGGCCUCGAAAUUUUCGAGUCCAUGAAGGUUGUUCAUGGAAUGGAGCCAAAACUUGAGCAUUACGGAUGCUUAAUUGAUCUUCUUGGUCGAGCUGGGAGAUUAAAGGAGGCAAAGGAUAUGUUACAAGCUAUGCCUAUGAAACCAAAUGCAAUUUUGUGGAGAUCUUUACUUGGUGCAGCAAAACUUCAUGGCAACAUAGAGAUCGGGGAAGCUGCUCUCAAACACUUAAUAGAGCUAGAACCAGAAACAAGUGGAAACUAUGUGCUUCUGUCUAAUAUGUAUGCUAGCAUUGGUCGGUGGAAUGAUGUGAAGAGAGUGAGGAUGCAGAUGAAGGAUCGUGGGGUUGACAAGUUGCCUGGGUUUAGCUUAGUGGAUAUUAAUGGUGCAAUGCAUGAAUUUCUCACAGGUGACAAAGCUCACCCUUUUUCAAAAGAAAUAUAUUUGAAGAUUGGGGACAUAAAUAGAAGAUUACAAGAAUAUGGUCAUAAACCAAGAACAUCAGAAGUUUUGUUUGAUGUCGAAGAAGAAGAUAAGGAAGAUGUCCUUUCUUACCACAGUGAAAGGCUGGCUAUAGCUUUUGCACUAAUAGCAUCUCCUUCAAGUUUACCUAUAAGAAUUAUAAAAAACCUGAGAGUUUGUGGGGAUUGCCAUGCAAUUACCAAGCUAAUAUCAAUGGCAUAUAAAAGAGAUAUUAUUGUCAGAGAUCGAAAUCGGUUUCACCAUUUUAAGGACGGGAGUUGUUCUUGUCUAGACUACUGGUGAUACCUUGCUCAACUUACAACAAAGUAUAUACCUGAAAGAAAGGUGCUAUUUGGUACAUUAAUGUGAAAUUCAUGUUUACUGAAUUUUAUCCUGAGUGUAGUUUUUUGUUUAGCAGAUGACAUGACAACAACUUCCAUCAGCUCAUAUUAGUUUAAUUUGUUUGAAAAUUAAUUUUGAGUUCUUUAUUUCUGUAAUCAUUCAUUAACGGAAGCUUAAAUUCAAUAAGAUACAGGAAAGCUUAAUUUGUUUUUUGGGAUACUUUGCACUAUUUUAAAAAUAGACUAUCAAAUUUUGAACUGCUAUUGUUUAUCUGGCUGAUGUAUAAAAUCUAAAGGAUGUUUUGGGGUCAGCAGUUGAUGUGAUGCAGGCAAUGGCAUCGUCAAUAUACUCUCUUUCUUCAAAGGUGGAAGAAACUAACUGCUUGGUGGCGGAAAACCUAAAGGUGACCUCAAAAGAAAGGUUUUUGUUGGAACAUUGCAAGGAGUUUUUGUCCUCGUUAGCGGCCAUGCAGGUCAAGGAUUGUAGCUUAUCAAAACAUUCCAUUCAACUUUCUGGUGCGCCAACUUCUAGCUGCCUGACAACACGUGUGUAGAACUGAUCUUAUUUGACUGCUCACUCUUAAUGCUAACACCACUCCCAGCCUUUUAUUUUCCAUCGGGUGGAGAUAUAACACAGAAGAAGAAUAGUGUAAGGAGAUUCCUUUGACUUUGAGGGGCAGAAUCCGGUGGUUUAAGUUCCACAUAGGAGGUCUCAGAUUCCUGGGAGGGUGUCCCCACACGUUGCUUUUUUGCCUGGUGACACAAUGUUCCACCUGCAAUCAUCACUCUCUGAGUUACAAGGUGUUGAUACUGUACAUCUGCACUACCCAGGAAGUGAGGGAGUGGGGUCAACGCAGCACCACCCCGGAGCACUUUCUCCAC